CCAACUUUAGUUCCUGUUGUCAGUUCACUCAAAUAUGAAGACAUGGCUUUUGUCUAGUCAGUGCCAGAACUCCGAGGUUCACGUGCCUGAAGAUCUAAAGAAAUGGGGAAAUCUGCUCAACCUGGGGAUACCCACUAGGGUUUUAAGGAAGAGCAUCCAUUCACAAAGGGAAGAUAGAGCUCACGGAUCAUCAACUGAAACACAUCAAGGAGCUAAAAUUCAAGUUUUUCAGAAACCCACCCAGAUGGACUGGCCACUGGCCACUCGGCCCUCAAACAAAAGUUCAGUCCAAGACAACAAAUGGAAAAAAGCAAAUGCAAUCCAAGAGAAGCGUAGGUCCUUCCUUCAUGAGUUUUGCAAGAAAUAUGGUGGAGUAAAUGAUCCCAAAUCCAACCUUUUUCAUAUAGUAUCUAGGAUAUAUGUAGAAGAUAAACACAAAAUCCUGUACUGCGAAGUACCAAAGGCUAGCUGCUCUAAUUGGAAAAGAAUUCUGAUGGUCCUAAAUGGCUUGGCUUCCUCUGCAUACAAUAUCUCCCAUCAUACUGUGCACUAUGGGAAGCAUCUGAAAACACUGAAUAGCUUUGACUUGAAAGGAAUACACAUGCGUUUGAAUACCUAUACCAAAGUUGUGUUUGUUAGAGAUCCCAUGGAAAGAUUGGUGUCUGCAUUUAGGGAUAAAUUUGAGCAUCCCAAUAGAUACUACCAUCCAGUGUUUGGAAAGGCAAUUAUCAAGAAAUAUAGACCAAAUGCCUUUGCAGAAGCAUUAAAUAAUGGAUCUGGAGUCAAAUUCAAAGAAUUCGUCCACUAUUUGCUGGAUGCUCACCGUCCAGUAGGAAUGGAUAUUCAUUGGGAGAGGGUUAGCAAACUGUGUUAUCCAUGUUUGAUCAACUAUGACUUUAUAGGGAAAUUUGAGACAUUAGAAGAAGAUGCCAUUUACUUUCUACAGUUGAUUGGUGCUCCAAAAGACUUGAAAUUUCCAAACUUUAAGGAUAGGCACUCCUCUGAUGAAAGAACCAAUGCCCACGUGGUAAGGCAGUAUUUAAAGGACCUAAGCGCAGCCGAAAGACAGCUCAUCUACGACUUUUAUCACUUGGACUAUUUGAUGUUUAAUUACACAACUCCACAUUUGUAAUUUGCAUUCAUUUUCUAAAGCCCUACAAAGACUUAAUGAUGAUGGCCUCAAAUCAGCUACUGUAAUUGUCCUACAAUUCCCUGUAUGGAGGAAAUUUAGCUAAGUCAAGUUGUCUUGAUUGAAUGAAGAGUUUUUUUAACCAAAGAGUAUGACAGCAUUUGGCACAAAGUUAUUAGAAAAUCAUCUCAAGGAGACAUGUAAACAACUUGAUGUGCUUUUAAAUGUUGGGAAAGAGCUGUUUCGGCAUUGUAGCUAUACUGUGGAAGCAAUAACCUUGCCAGCUGUUACAUUAACCAAGAAAGCCUCUUGCAUGUAAAAUAAAGGGGUCAAAAUGGUGAGAAUUGUGUAUCCAAAUCCUGGCAACCAUCAUCUGACAUGCAUGAAGCUGUGCUUAGCAUUCUGUGGCAUUUGCAGCAAAUGAUUGGAUGAUUUUCUUAUACCCUGAAUCUUCCUAUCCUGUGAUGAUAAAUCCAUUUUUAAACAUUUGGGCAUAGGCAUUUUACUAUUGAUCUGGUGGCAUUCUGUGAUUUACAAUAUGAGAACAGAGCAGACAAACAGAUGAUCUGUGGCUUUUUUUAAAUUUAACAGCCAGUAAAAAUGCACAACAUGCUAAGAUCAAAACAACAAAAGCUACCUUUCUCUUCCAGGAAAAACUUCAGGGGGAUUGAUUUUUCUUGGUUUCUAGCCCUCUGCGAAGAGACAAAAUGAGCCCAACCAAGCAGGUCCUCGUUUCUAAACAUCAUCAGAUAGAAAUGUGCUCUUAAUUCCCCUUUAAUUGGGAAAGGGAGCAAUUGUUUCAGGAUGGAAUAAUCAUCAAAACCAAAAGUUGCCAUUCUGAAUAUAGACCUCUAGCAAUAACAAAGUUUUAUAAGAAUAUUAUUUGAAUCAAAGCACCAUGUGCAUAGCUUUCUAUGUGGAAUACACUCUAAGAAUAGCUUUUGUUUGCAGUCUAAUUAUUCAGCUUGGGAAUGACUUUUUAAGAACUAAUAUACCACUUCAAAGACAGGUUAUGUUCUAGAGAAUCAACAUAACAAGAGCCCCUAGAAAUGUUUUUAAUAGGCUUAUGAAUAAGCAAAUUAAGGUAUUUUCUUCUUAAGUUUAAAUACUCUAUACUAACAAAGUCAAAUACCAGUGCAUUCAAAUAUUAAAUCAAAGUCUUUGGAAAAUAGGACCAUGUGUCACCCUUAUGAAAAGUUGUAAUGUACUUUGGAAAUUUUUUCCGAGGGAUCUUAAAUUUAAAGACACAUUCAGAUGAGAAGUGCCUUUUAAUUAGUUAACUAUUGCCCUGACUUAAGCAAACCACAUGUCAAUCAAAUCCUAUUAAAAUGCCUUUCUCAAACAUGUUUCUCUUCCUAAGCUAUCAUAUUUGAUCAGUAAAUAUUCAGCUAUG